AUGGGUUGGUUUUCCUUUGGUUCGUCUGACGGACCAAAGUCCGCCAAGGCAUCGGAUGGUGGGCGCAUUGCACCCGACCGGUCCUCCCGGGAACAGUGCUACAAUUCGCGAGACCUGUUCUUCGAGUGCCUGGAUCGAAACGACAUUCUCGACGCCAUCAAAAAUGACGCGGAUGCCCGCAAGAAGUGCGGCAAGGAGAUUGCAGAGUUUGAGUCGGCAUGUUCAAAGACUUGGGUCAAAUACUUUAAAGAGAAGCGAGUAAUGGAGUACAACAGAGACAAGACCAUCGAACGGAUAAAGCAAGAAGAUGCAGCCAAGGUAGCCGAGCUCAAGGCUCAGCGGGCGCAAGGCUGA